AUGCCCGGAUUCGACUUUGAAAAUGUUCAGCGUAACCUCAACCUGGAGAGUGAGGGCUACUCUGCGCCACGAACGCUGAAGACCGGUACGACUAUCGUGGGUGUCGUUUACAAGGACGGCGUUGUGCUCGGAGCUGACACUCGUGCUACCGAGGGCAGUAUUGUAGCGGACAAGUGCUGCCGCAAGAUCCACUACAUGGCUCCGAAUAUCAUGUGCUGCGGUGCCGGCACGUCGGCAGACACAGAGGCCGUGACGAAUAUGGUGUCCUCGCACCUGGCUCUGCACCGUUUCGAGACAGGCAAGCAGUCUCGCGUCCUCGAGGCACUGACGCUGCUGAAGCGCCACUUGUACCGCUACCAGGGCCACGUCAGCGCAGCGCUUGUGCUCGGUGGCGUGGAUGUGGAGGGCCCGUUCUUAGCUACCGUCGCCCCACACGGCAGCACCGAUCGUCUGCCCUUCGUGACAAUGGGCAGCGGUAGCAUUGCCGCCAUGGCUCAGUUGGAGGCUGCCUACAAGGACAACAUGACGUGCGAGGAGGCCAAGGAGCUGGUGACGUCGGCUAUCCGCAAGGGCAUCUUUAAUGAUCCCUACAGCGGUACUCAGGUAGACGUGUGCGUUAUCACGAAGGCCAAGACGGAGCUCAUGAUCGGUUACGACACGCCGAACGAGCGCAUGCACCCGCGGCAGGAAGUCAUGCUCUCUCCUGGUACUACGCCGGUGCUCAAGGAGGAGAUCCGUCACUUGGUUGAUAUAGUGGAUGUCUGA